AUGUUUUCUGUUUAUUGCUAUUGUGCGUGGAGUGGCGCGCGCACAGGGAGGCCUGCGGCAGCGGCCGGCGGAGUGAGGGCCAUAGCAUACAGAUUUCCGUUGUUUCCAGCAACAAAUUACAAAGAUAUUGGGAAUGUACCAAACUAUAAAUUUGACCUUCCUUCCACCGGAUCAGACGUCCAGGGCGUGGGCGUGAGAUGGCACGCGCGGGUAUGCUGCAGAGGGGAGGAAAAAAUGGAGCUGAUUUAUUGCUUUAUAAGAUAUAGAGAAAAGGAGGGACUACAACGUUUUCAUCAUAAAGCACUUGAGAAACCAAGCUUAGGGGCGGGCAGAGCG